GGGCUUAUCAUUCGUGGGUAAUGGGCCGUGCGGACGAGGAGUCUGGUCUCGUAGUAAUAGGUGCAGGUCUGGGUCGUACUGGUACCAAUAGUUUGAAAAUUGCUCUAGAGUUGCUUUAUAAAAAGCCCUGCUAUCACUUAAAGGAAAUAUACUUACAUCAACAUUCACACAUCACGAAAUGGAUGGAACUUGAUAGGAAAUUGAGUGAUUCACCGGAUAAAAAACUUGAUAAAGCUCUGUGUCAUAAAAUUUUCAAAGGAUACACGGCUGCCAUUGAUCAUCCUUCAUGUGCAUACUACAAGGAGUUAUUAGAACUUUAUCCUAAUGCAAAAGGUGUCACUUCUGGACGUUCCGUUUAUUUGAACGUUGAUUUGAGUUUUGGGUAUCAUAAAGCAUUAGUUAUAAACUCGCUUACUAGAUCUGAGAUGUCCAGGUCUGGACAAGCAUGCAAAAAGUGCAGUCCUCACCACUCUACAUUCAAACAAUGCGAAUAUUGCAAAUCUGACUUUAAAUACAAUGUUUGCGGCGGUAUCUGCCCACACUGUCAAUCUCUUAAAAGCAAGUACGGCGAGCCUCAGUCUUGUUCCAUAUGCAAUUUAAAAACUGCUUUUGGCAGUGCCUUGGUUUGCCAGAGGUGCUUACACUACAGAAACAGAUUCGGUGAGCCACGCCAGUGUCAUUCUUGUGGGAAUACGUGUGCCUUUUUAAAAGAUGAGGCCAGCCGAGAGAAAGUUGAUGGUCAGAUUCUUUGUUGGGUGUGUACAUACAAUUUUAAAUUAGCUCGAUCUAAAGAACGCUCUAUUCAUGGAUUCAACAAACGUCGACAUGAUGGUUACCAGCUUUCAACUGCAAACCGUUCGAGAUCAAGUCAUAACUCUCUUAAAAAAACUUAUACCGAUGGGUUUGGAACAAGGCAAAUUGACACGCAGAUGCAUGUACAACAGGCUUUAACUACUCAAGCACUAAGCUUAGAUUCUGUGUACAAUGAGCACUUACUUACUAUAAGCCAGUUACAAGAUGAGAUCAAAUCACUCAAGCGUCAAUUAACACUUAAAGACUCUGACUUGUUAACCAAAGAUCGUACAAUAGCAGAGUUACGCUCUGAAAUGAUUGAAAUAAAAUCAAUGAAUGAAGAUCGUGUCCGAAAAAUAAAAUCAGCUGCACAGCUUGAACAAGAUCGGAUGCUAGCUACAAUACGUCAGUUACAAAAAGAGAAGGCAAUUAUUAGUCAUAAUAUUAAACGUCGUAAAAUUAAUAACAAUCUCUCAAAAAUUACAAACCGAAAUUUUUUGUCUUCGACAACUUUAUUCAAUCCAGAUUCACCGCUUAGUUUGGGCUUUGCGAAACGAGUUUCCAAGCCUCUAGUACUUGAAAGCCAAGAUAAAGAACGUGGAGGCGAGGAAACAUUGUCUUACUCAGAUCGAGUAUCGAAAAAUACACUGGACUCAACAGGUCGUUCAAUGAAAAGACAACUUACACCUGACUGUAUUGGUGUACAAAUUUACGAUGAAGACUCUAACUUAGCACCUCAACGUACAGUUACUUCUGGCAUAAGACAAAACGCAGGUUCACCAGGUAUUACUUCAAGUAUAUCAUCCAAACCUCCUACAGAUAAUGAAGAAGCAUCUCAACCGUAUCAAUAUGAUCCUCAUGAAAUAUCUGGGAAAAACCCUCUUGGGUUGGAUACGCCAUCGGAGUCUGAAAAUGAAACUCCCGACUGA